CUCUCUCUCUCUCUCUCUCUCUCUCUCUCUCUCUAACGUCUCGGCGGAUUAUAUAUAUUUCUACUGUUAUUUAAACUAAUUUGUUGCGAUUGAAGCAUUACAUCUUGGUAGGGGUUUGUAAUUAAAGAGAAGAAGAAGAAGAAGAUAUGUUGGGAAUUUUAAGGGCAAAAGUUGCUUGCAGAGGCGUUCCUGCUUCGGGUUUGGAGCAAGGAAUUCGAGUAAUUGCGUCCCGGGCUUUUUCUUCCUCAGCGAAGCAGAUGACUGUACGUGAUGCUUUAAAUUCAGCACUUGAUGAAGAGAUGUCUGCUGACCCCACAGUGUUUAUAAUGGGUGAAGAGGUUGGUGAGUAUCAGGGUGCGUAUAAGAUCACGAAAGGGCUUUUGGAUAAGUAUGGUCCUCAGAGGGUCGUUGACACGCCCAUCACUGAGGCCGGGUUUGCUGGAAUUGGAGUUGGUGCGGCGUAUCACAGUCUAAGGCCUGUAAUUGAGUUCAUGACUUUUAACUUCUCAAUGCAGGCCAUUGAUCACAUCAUAAAUUCUGCUGCAAAAUCGAAUUACAUGUCUGCUGGUCAGAUAUCAGUGCCCAUUGUUUUCAGAGGCCCAAAUGGUGCUGCUGCUGGUGUUGGUGCUCAACAUUCUCAGUGCUAUGCAGCAUGGUUUGGUGCAUGUCCAGGUUUAAAGGUACUGGCUCCAUAUUCUUCGGAAGAUGCUCGUGGUCUGCUUAAAGCUGCAAUAAGGGAUCCAGAUCCUGUUGUCUUCCUCGAAAACGAGUUGCUAUACGGUGAAUCAUUUCCAGUUUCUGCCGAAGUUCUCGAUUCCAGUUUCUGCCUUCCUAUUGGGAAAGCUAAGAUAGAACGUGAAGGAAAGGAUGUAACAAUCACUGCUUUUUCAAAGAUGGUCGGCUACGCUCUUCAGGCUGCUGACAUUCUCGCCAAAGAAGGAAUCAGCGCCGAGGUAACCGAAACCAUUCACUUAAUAUUUUAUGUUUCAGUUGAAGACAUUGUCCGUGCAGCAAAGAGAACCUGUUACAGAUCGGUUCCGUUGGCUGCAACUGCUUAG